GCAGGAUCGUGUGGAUUUUUUUUCCUCCUCCUGGACUCGGAGCGUUUGCGCGAAGCACAGCAGCAGCAGCAGCAGCAGCAGAUUGAAUGAAGUGUGUUUGCAGGCAGCUGGCCACACGGAGGACACCGUGCUGGCCUGUUCAAGAUGCCAGAGACGUAGAGCCAGAAUGCAUCAGUAUUUUGUUCCUUCUUGGAUGGGGGAGCUGAGUCUCGCCACAUUUGCCCAGUAGCUCCAUUUUUUUUCUAAACGAAGAAACAACGAGCUGCAGGGCCUCGAGAAAAGCAAUCUCCGCCUUGAUGGUAUCUGGACAGCAGGCGACUGGCAGCUCUCUGCACGGAUGAUAAAGAACUUGGGAAAGGAAAUGGUCAAGAUGGCAGCUGUGUACGGAGAGAUAAAGCUGAUGUGGUGGCAUUAGAUGUAGUAAUUUCCAUUUUCUUUGGCAUGCACGACGCAGGAUCGCGGCGCAGGACGCGGGCGCUUGUGAAGGAACGCCGUUUUGGAUUCCUCUAAGAAGACUGGCUCUUCCUUUCUUUACUAACCCCACAUUUCGCGAAAUUGCAAUGCAUGUUGACCAGGGUGUGGGCUGUGCAGGAGAAAAGGCAAUGUUUUGUUAAUGCUGGUCAUAUCUGUGUGCUGCUGCUGCGGAUAGAUAGACGCCUUGUAGGGGGAUAGAAAGACGGACACGUGCUGGGACUGGGCUGCAGGCUGGACAUUUGCAUACCGUGCAUAGUAAAUAAACUGCCUCUGAAGCCUGCACACAACAUUGAUGGAAUGCGACCUGAGUGAUUUUAUAACCCUUUGUGUAGCGACCGAGAUUUUGCGAGGAACAUCAUGGCUGAGGCUCCGCGCGACGCCAACGAGCCUCCCUCAAACGUGGAGAUAGAUCCGGAUUUCGAGCCUCAGAAGCGGCCGCGGUCCUGCACUUGGCCGCUGCCCCGUCCGGAGUCUGGUGCGGGCAAACCCGGGACGAACGACACUGACGUAAUCCCCGAAGAAGAGGACGAUGAAGGGGGCAGCACGGAGAGCGGGGACGCGCAGAAAUCCAGCGGUGGCGGUGGAGUUAAACCCCGGGAGGCGAGCAGCAGCAGCUCCAUCUCCCAGCCCGUGGAGGUCCAGCGGGGCCCCAGCAAAGAGGAGGCCGCCGAUGGCUCGCCUUCCUCGGCGCAGACCCCCACAGCGGCUCUGGGCGGCUCUGCCUCCCAGCAGCUGAGGAAGUCCUCCGCCCGCAGGAACGCCUGGGGCAAUUACUCCUAUGCAGACCUCAUUACCCAAGCCAUCGAGAGCUCCCCCGAGAAGAGGCUGACCUUGUCCCAAAUCUAUGACUGGAUGGUGAGGUCUGUGCCAUAUUUCAAGGACAAAGGCGACAGCAACAGCUCUGCAGGCUGGAAGGUGAGCGGUGACAUGCUGCUGCUGCUGCUGCUGUCAUAACAAAGACUGUGGUCAUGUAAAAACACACAAGAAACACACAAACAGCAUGUAGUAGUGGAGGAGGAUGAGGAGGAGGAGGAGGAGGGUGCAAAUGCAGGUUGAGAGGAAAACAGACACCCCCAUAUUGAACUAAUUAUUAAUUGGGUUAAUCACAUUAUCUCAUUAUUUGGCUCUUAUUGUUCAUGCACAGGUUAUUGCAAAGGGUGCCAUGAGUAUUUCUAGGUUUACUUAAAGGCAUUUUAGGCUCAUUGUUUACAUCAAGGCGCUCUGCACAUUACAUAAGGGUGUUAAUUCUUUGCUUUCUUUUUCCAGCUCAUAUUGUGGCAUUUAGUUUUAGGUGCAAUUUGGGUCUUGUUUACGUUUUGGUUUACAUAACACAUAUUUCUGCACUCAUGAAAAGCCACAUGCAGGUGAAUUAUCUACACUUAAGUUUGUUAAAUGCAUUUAUAAGUGUUCUUCAUCAACUUUGAAGCACAUUUUUUGGUGAAUGUUUAUUCUAGUGUUCAUUAUAAGGCUUAUUAUUUACAAUAAGGCUAAUUGUUGUUGGUGUAGUGGUGUAAUGGUGGAUUGUUUGGGUCAUCCUCAGACAUAUUUGGGUGUGACAUUCAUUUAUUUUUGGUGCAAUAUGGGUUUUGUUUGUUAUAUUUGGGCAUUAUAGCUGACCUUGUUGCAUCCAUAUGUGUUUGCAUUAGCCAUGUUAAGGUUUUAUCAAAAGGCAUUAAUGAGUGUUGAGGGUAAAUUUCACAUAAAUCAUGAAGCAAGUAUGAAUUUUUAGUUUUUUUUCCCACAAUAUUUGGUCAUUUUUAGAUUUAUUUCAAUAAUGCUUUUUUAGAUGUCCUUAUUUUCAUGUUGUUAAAGUCUUAAUAGAGUGUGUAUCAUAUUAUAAACCCUUAUUGUUGAGCAAAUGAAGUAAAGAGGUCAGAGUACACUCAGUGAGAAUAUGGUCAGAGUGUCAGGGCUCCUAACAGGAAUGCAAAGUGAGUUUCACUUUCAGACAACCUGCUCACGCUGCAGCAGCAGAGGGGCUUCUUAUGAGCUUCAGUGGGGCCCUGCUUCUGUUUGAUUUUAAGGAUUAGUCCAGCCUGGAAAACCAAUUCAUCUGUCAUGGAAUCAAGUCUGAUGAAAGCUUUGAGCUUUGCAGGAUUUAGAUGGUGGGGGUAGAAAAACUCUGGAAAUAGGUUUGUAAUCCUGCACAACUGUGGAUGUGUGAUGCAGGCUGAUUCGAGGGAGCUUCUUCUUGGAGGAAUUACGGCCGAGACGGCGCUUCAAACCUCAUCACUGUGAUGGGAAUCAGAGGACCAACAAAACGAGGAGUGUGUUUGGAAACAAACUGAUGCUAAUAGCUGAUUAGUCUGCACAGAAUCAGCUGGUUAGUUAAUGCUUCAGAUUAGCGGCGGUCGCUUUUCAUUCAUGUUCAGAUGCUUGUUUGCCACCAGAUGCAGUCAGCGGCUGCUAACAGAUAUGGGCUCGCAGAGGAAAGAGUUAAUCGUAGGGUUUCUGAAGCGCUGACAUCAGCAUUUCUGAGAAGAUGCUUUUCUACUGUGUGACAUUCAGCAAUUAGUCAAAAGGUGGUCAUCUACAGGGAGGUCUAUGUGCAAGAAAUGCCUUCAGCAUGUCAGGUUUGGACUUGAAAGGAGGGGUGUAGGACCAAAUUUUUGAUCCUUUACACACAGCCUUCCCCCUCCCUUCAACCAAAGCUAUUCAUUCUAGUUCACAUAUAAUGAAGCCAAACACCAAUCCAAUCCCUCUGCUCUACGGGAUGUAAAUCCAGACCUGUCACAGCGCCGUAACACAGCCGCUAACCAGGAUAACACCAGAUUCAAUGACAGCCUUCUGUGUGUAGCUCAAACAUGAGGUUAGAUUUCCUCCCUUGUUGCGAAUCCAAACAGCUCCUGUCGAGAUGACCAGCGACUCUGCUCAGCCCUGCUGUGUGCCACCCUGUCUUUUUCAUGUGGCCUGGGCACAAGAAUCAAUCAGCUGACUGUAAAUUAUGUAGGUCAAUGUGUGGCAGUGUGUGUGUUAGAGAGAGAGAGAAGCUCAGUGUUUCUCUUUGGAUCCGGCUCUGGCUAAACUGGCAUCGCUCCAGUCCCCGCUCAGAACGAGGCUUUGCUCUGAGGGUGCUGCUGCAUCGCUGCUAUGGCUGCAUGGGGGAAGGGCGGGCGGGAGUAGCUCUUUGUGAUUUAUCUCUGAAACGUUGUAUGGCUCCUUCUGUAUCUACCUGAGCAGCUUUCAGGACAGCUUACAUGUCUCUGAGGCUCUCUUCAUACAUAUAAUGUCCACUUAAUAAGCAUGCCUGGAUUCUUUAGCUGCUGUGCUGUUUGUUUUACCACCUUGCAUGUAACAGGAAUGUGGUGUUUUGCACAUUCAGAUUUGAACCAGUGUCUAUCUUGUACUACAGCAAACCUUUAACAGCUGUAUAUAUUAGGAAGACAAAAUAAAAGCAUCACCUGCUCAACGUUUCAUAUUAAAAUCCUACAUCCCCUCUAAAUAAAUAACUCCCUCUGUGCAACUCAUAACCUUUUUAUUUCAUUAAAGAGCAGUAAAUCAAAUCCUGCAGACAUUUUUGAAGGUUAUAGAUCAUGUUUUUUAUUGUCCUGUUGUGUGCUGUUUGCAAAGUGACACCGCUGUUUUGCCCCACUUGCUGUAAUAUUAUACAAUCCAAUACACCAACUCAACAAUUCAGGGACUUUUUCUUGACCACAGAGUUGAUUUAAAGCCUCUCUGCCGGGCUCAGACAGAAUUCAUGUGUCACAAAGGUUUGCUUAUUGCAGGGCUGAUGUAUUGGAUUUCACUGGACUGACCAGGACAGCUGUUGCUUUUAUUGUGUGCACUCCCUCAUAUCUGUUAAGUGAAGUCUGUUAAUGUCAGCGUUUACAGACUGCUGCUGUUCAGUCCCACUUUAGAAAUGUAGUUACAUGUGUUGCAGGUCUCUCCCCCUGACAUUCCUCUUAAUAAUGUUUAUAGAUCUAAUUAGCUGCAACUCAUCAAUACUCAGAUCUGUCAGGAGUUGCUUUGAUUGGAUACCUGCAAAUUUCGCCUGUCUUCAUCUCUUCGAUCAAUCUGUUGUUUAUCUACCUUUAAUGAACCCAGCUAAUGAAACACUAACUCAUUAAAAAAGCAGAGUUAGUCCUAGUCUAACAUCGCUUUACAGACCAAAUCUGCUGUAACUCAAUAUUUCCUCGUCGCUAAUAAUAAGACCAAAACAAACAGCGACUCAGUCCAAAUAUUGUUUGUAUAGCCAAAGCUGAUUUCUUUGUGGAAUAGACCUUUAUUGUAUUUUCACUGCCUCACAUGCGACUCUGUAACAAAAGCAUGAGCGCUGUUGUUAAUUUUCAGUUUACCUCAAAUACACAAUCACUCGCUAAAUCUUAAUUACUUCAGGGUGUUAAAUAGUCCCAAGCGAAUCAACUUUUACUCGUGUUGAACAACUUAAACUAUUAGCCCAGCUGCAGCAGGAAGGACCAUAAAUCAGACUCUGAAGUGUGAAUUUGCAACAUUUUUUGAAACAACCACAUUUUUACCUUGUCUUUUGUUUGCCACAGGUUUGUUAAUUAUUCCCCAACAGGGAAACCACCUGUCAGGUCUAAAAAAAGAAAAGUACCACUUGUUAUGUUGGGCAGACUGCUAGUAAGCUGCUAACUCCUGCGAAGGCUUUUGAGUGCAGAUCUUGCUCCUCUAACUCUGGCGAAAGUAUCUUCCUCAAUCAGAAUUUUCUUCAUGAAAAUGAAUUUAUUUAAUAUAAAUUACUUUUUAUUUUCCAAGAGGAAACAAACUGGACUUAAUGUGGAGUACAGUAGAGCAGAAAAGUAUUAUUUGGUGGGAUUUCACAGAUGAGAAUAAAAAUAGCGGAACCCAUAACCUUUUACUUUUAAGUCAGAACUUUAACCUAAUUAGGAGAUCAUUGGUUAAUUCUGAGUGAUUAGCAAAAGCCCGAUGAAGGGCGGUUGUGCUCAAAACGUCACUCUGGUGCUAUAUUAAAUAAGUGGAUAUCGGAGCCCUGCGGUGUGCAGGGAGCUUCAUUUGUCUAUUCGAUUAGCUAAAGCUAAAGCGAAUCAAGCUAAUUUGUGUGGAGUAGGAAGAGGCAUGAGGCAGGAAUGAGUAAUGAGGCACCUGAAGUUUGAUUUCUCAGAGUCACAUGCGCUUUGUUGUUGUAAGUGAUGAAAGUGUUUGCUUGUGUUUGGCCUAAUCCUAUAAUUGGCUUGAAGCGAGGGCUUUGCUGGAAGUUUGAUCUGCGCGGGUCAUUCCAUCGACUCGUUGCAUUCAGACGAGAACAGUUUCGGACACUCAUUUGUGAUCUUUCAGUUUUGUCACAAAGCAGUCUUUAUUUACAGCUGGAUCCAUACUGUAAAGGACAUACACGGACUCGUUUGUAGGUCCUACAUUGCGAGCUUGUCUGUUGUUUUCUUAGUUCCAGAGAUGGAUUUGAACAAGACCUCGGUUUACUCGAGUUAAUUCAAGCUCAAGAGAUUUAUGCUGGACCCUCUCCCAGCGAGGCUUUCUUUUUGGGCUGCAAGAUCACUGCAGACUUUUCUCCUUGUGUUACUGCAGUGUGACUUAGUGAGGGCCGGUCCUGCAGACUCCAGCUGUUUAAUUUUGUACAUGGUUGGGAACAUCUCCGGGGAAAUCCUGUAGACCUUUCUGAGCAGCCAGAAAUAGGUCACAGAGCGAGGUGCAAAGAGAAUCGUAUCUUAGAAGACACUGCAGUGCCAGAGUUGUUCGUUGUUAUGAUAGUAAAGCAAAAGAAGAAACGUGAAAUACGAUUAAUUAAAGCUUUGCAUCCUCAGAUGAAUUUGCUGAUGCCUCUCGUUGUUAAAGGAUAGAGAUGCAGAACAAAACAUUGAGAUAUACUGAUAGAUUUCCAGGAUAACACACAGAUCUUUGACAUGACAUGAUCCAAAGAGGAAUUCAGAGUGUUUCAGGCAUUUUGCUGUUUCCUAAAGUGCCUCAACUCUGUGUAAAACCGUCCGAUGUUAGAUAAAUUAUGAUCAAGAUUACAUCCUCAGCUGGAAUUGCAUUAGUGUUCAUAACAGUUAUCCAGUCGCUGCUUUGGCUGGAGAACUUUGCUUAAACCAUCAACUCAUGUUGCACAGAAUCAAGUUUUGAUAAGAGAAAAUCUCAAAAUUGGAGAAAACCGGAAGCUUGUUUGCAGCCUUUUUGAUGUUGCAAAUAUUUCAGCAUCCAGUGUGACAAAAACUGCAAAUACCAGCUAAGGGUGUUGAUUGUAAUAAUAAGUCAUCGGCUCUGUGCGCACAUGAAUAUGCCGCUCUGAAGUCCUUCACACCAAUCUUGUCUGGUCUUAAUCAAACUGACACGUUGCACCUCCCUCCAGGUAAAAACAUCCAACUGAUUGUUUUUAUCGUUCUUUAUUUCAGAAUUCCAUCCGACACAAUCUGUCCCUCCACAGCCGUUUCGUCAAAGUCCAGAAUGAAGGGACGGGGAAAAGCUCCUGGUGGAUGGUCAACCCCGAAGGCGGGAAAGGAGGCAAAGCUCCCAGGCGACGAGCGGUCUCGAUGGAUAACAGCAAGUACAUCAAAGGAGCCCGAGGGCGUGCCACUAAGAAGAAAGCCUCGCUGCAGGCAGCUCAAGACGGCAGCUCGGAGAGCUCGUCCAGCCUCUCCAAAUGGACAGGAAGUCCCACCUCCCGCAGCAGCGACGAGCUCGACGCCUGGACAGACUUCCGCUCCCGGACCAAUUCCAACGCCAGCACACUCAGCGGUCGUCUGUCCCCGAUCCUGGCCAACCUGGAGCUGGAUGAGGUGCCCGAUGACGACUCGCCCCUCUCCCCGAUGCUGUACUCCAGUCCCAGCAGCAUGUCCCCGUCCACAGGUCCCACUGGUCUCUCAGACCUAGCAGGUACCAUGAACCUCAACGAUGGUCUCUCCGACAACCUGAUGGACGACCUUUUAGACAAUAUCAGCCUGACAGCGUCCCAGCAGCCUCCUCCUGGAGAGGAAGACAACGGAGCCAACGGUCAGGGGAGCUCAGUGUUUACCUUCAGCUGCUCAGGAAGCAGUCUGGGUAGCCCCUCUGGCAGCUAUGGGCCCAACCCUCUUUUUAGCCCGCCGUCCAUCACGAGCCUGCGCCAGUCACCCAUGCAGACCAUCCAGGAGAACAAGCAGACCACCUUCUCCUGCAUCUCUCACUUCAGCGACCACCAGACCCUGCAGGAUCUGCUCAGCCUAGACUCCCACGACCACAGCAACGUCAUGCUCACCCAGUCCGACCCGCUGAUGUCACAGGCCAGCACCGCCAUUGCCCUGCAGAACUCCCGCCGAAACGCCAUGCUGCUCCGCAAAGACCACAUGUUGGUAAACCACACUGGUGCAGGUCAGGGCCAAAGCUCUUCAGUGCCUGGUUGGCAAGCUGGCUUGUCAACCUCUGACAACGACGCUGGACACCACAACACCAAGCAACCGCACCUGAAGUCUCCCAGCAAGAACGCCUCUAUGCAGCUCGGCUCUGGUUUGUCCAGCCAGGACCGCUUCCCCGCUGAUCUGGACCUCGACGUCUUCAACGGCAGCCUGGAGUGUGACAUGGACUCCAUCAUCCGCAAUGAACUGAUGGACGCAGAUUGCCUGGACCUCAGCUUUGACUCCCGCCUCACCUCCACCCAGAACGGCAACAGGAAUUCAGGGAGCUUCUCCAGCUCGAAACAGACCUCCCCUCACAGCUGGGUCCCGAGCUGAGAAGCUCUGCCAGAACUGGGGUGACAAAAAGAGGGGGAAAUGUAAAUUGGGGUUCAUUGUUCAGCAUCGUGCAACUAGAGGGAAAGUAUGUAAAAGUGUAUUCAUGUAGUCUUUUUUAUUUCUUAUGUGAGGCAUUAAGUUUGGUACUGUAUUUAAGUGUCUGAGACACACAAUGGUGUCUUCACAGAGGAGAAAAAAAGUCUUUAAAAAGAUCAAUGCCUGGGCGGUGUGAACAACAGUAUUGACUGGAAUGAAAAUACAGGACAUUUUGUUUAAACUAUAUAAAAAGCAUCAACUCGUGUUAGUCUCAGGGAAUCACUCACACAGUAUCACAAAGUGAUACAUGAAAACUGAAGAUGAAUAAUGUUUUCACCCUGCUUUCUCUCCUCUUCACACCCUUUCAUACCUGAAACAACAUUUUUGCCAAACCAGCUGUCAGCCUGUUGUGACUGACGGCCUGUUUACAGAAAAAGCUGCAGAGAAUGUUACAUUAUUACGAUCCAGUGGAGGAUACUUGACAUGCUUUUUAUUUUUUAAAGUUUCUUUGAGAGACAUAGCCUAAACGGACUAAAAAAAGAUAUUAAAAAAAAGAGAGAAAAAACAAGUGUUAAUGAAAAGCUUUUUUUUCCCAUGAUGCACAGAGUCACGCACCAAAUAUCAAUCUGUAGAGGUUAAUAUGUUAUCAAGAUGUGAACUGUGUCUUUUGUAUGUAACGUUUUAUUUUCAUUUAGCAAAUCUUACCCUGUGAUUUUAGUGACAUUACUGUGAAUAUUCCUUCUGAAGAGGUGCAUUACUGAAGUCCUGAUAAUAUGGUGUUUUUGCUGCAGAUCCCUUUUCACCAUCUUCCUCCCCCCUCCUCCUCUCUCUCUCUCUCUCUCUCUCUCUCUUUCUCCCACUUGCUGCAAUAUUGGAAGUUCAGCUCGAUAUACAGAGUUUCAAAGCUACAUCAUUUAGCAAACACUUGAGACUAUUUGGAUUCAAAUAACCACCCAUAGAGACUCUUCAGCACUCUACUGAAAUAUUUUGGUGUUUGUUAAUUUGAAGAAGUUCUUGGUGCUAUGAAUAAGAAGAUAGCAGGGAGUGGCUGCAGAUCAAGCAGCAUGAGUAGCCUCCCCUUUUGUUAUCAGCGCUAUAGCAGGUGCUGGCAAAAUUAUAUGUGUUUCCAACCCUUUGAGAGGAGGUCGUGUAGUAUCUUAGAGCCAUUUCUUGCCAUUUAAGACAGAAAACACACAGUAUUUUAAAUAUUGCCAAAAUGUUUCCACAUUUAAAGUGGAAAUAAGAGGAUAUACAGUGUAUAAAUAUAAGAAACAAGUGCUAUAAGGGCAUAAGAGAAGAAAAAAAAAAACAUCAGCACAGUUUUUGUAGGAACAGCAGGAAGAUUUUUUUAAGUUUACAUUUUUGUCAGCUGGAUGAUUUUUCACAGAAUUUGUCUUAUUGUUAAACUGCAAAUGUAUUUAUUUCCUAUUCCACAUGUAUGUUUGUGUGUUAUGCUUUCUCCAUAUGACCUGUGGUUGGGCUUUUAAAAGCACUUUUGUUGUAACGGCCUGUUAAACAUUUUGACCUGCCCAUUCCUUAUUGAUUAGGACAACACUGCACUGAAAAUGGUGCUGAAUGAACGCUAAAAUACUAUCCACCAUUUGACUACAGAAAAUCUAAAUAAAACCCCAUAUGAAUUAAAUAUAUCAAUUAAAUUCUAUGUGCUUAUUAUCUGAUUUGAUAUUUUUGCACAGCUGUGCUUCCAAAUAUCUUAUUUUAUCCUUUGUUUUUGUGAUUUAAUCCAAAAUCAAAUGACUGACUUAAAGACUUCUUUGUUUUCCACAUUUACUUUAAGUACCAUUCACUGCCAAUAAUUCAUCCACAUUUAUUCCUAUUGCUCCUACAAAACAGAAAAAAAAAAGAGACAUGAAGUCGUCAUUGCCAGUUGUAAUUCCUAUUCCUAUCUUGGUUGUAUCAGAGAUGGUGCAUGUAAAUAAAGCUUAAAGAACCACUGAGUUUCUUUGAUUUA